CGAUGUAGUGAAACUACCAAUUAACUUGUAGAACCAGGUUGCUGCCGGCGAAGCUCGGCUUUUUUUCUAGUGUGACAGCUUUUAUGGUUAGACAUAAUUGCAGCAGAUGCGAUAUUUUUUAUUUCAUAGUGACAUGGGUGCCUGUUGUCAUUAAUGCCAUGCUGGGCGUCAUCAUGAUGAUUCGGAUACAUGCCAUGUAUGGGCGAUCCAAAAAGAUGCUCAUAUUUCUCGCUGUACUCUUGCUAAUUUUCACGAUCGCCACCGGAGUUAUGACAGUAAUUGAAAAUCUGGGUUUUUUAGGGGGGGAAGCCGUGAUGUAUGGAUACCAUAUCUGUUUUUACGACAUUAACACAGCCGCGCUAGCUCUGACUGAGGCCAUGAUCAUACCCACAGCUAUAUGGGAGAUCCUCGCAUUUUUUCUUGCAGUCUGGAUUGUUAUCAAACAUAUUCGUGAACUGCGACAAUCACAGGGCGGAUCGACUAUCGGGGACUGUUUCACGGUGUUAAUACAAAGUCACACGUUGUACUUUCUAGCCUUUGUUGUCAUGGCUUGCUUUACUCUUGGUUCACUGUCUCCGUAUAUCACGUACUCAUCUGCUUUGGGAGUUACUGUGUAUAGCGGCAUUCUCAACGUUAUCGUGGGGAUCCAGAUGUGUGUGCUGGGACCACGUCUGAUCCUCAGCGUUCGUGAAUAUCACGCUGAGCUCGUGGCUAGGUCCGACGAGGGAACACGCAUGUCAUCCAUUGCUUUCCAGGCUGGUGGGGAUGUGUCGACUGGCGGAGAUGUGUAGCACAAGUGAUCAACCCCGAGUAGUGGGCAGGGAGUAUGUAUAUGUUUCAUUAUGUUUCAUUGUGGUAUUUAAGUACAGGUGAUUUGGAGGAU